AUGGCUUCCCAGAUCACCAUCGCCGGCAAGGCGGUCGGCCCCCUGACACCACUAGCAGGUCUCACCUUUCCAUGGAAGAAGCUGGACCUCCCAGCAGCAGCUAAGGUGAUGAAGGCAUCGCUCGAGCAUGGCGCAAACUUCUGGAACGGGGGCCUCUUCUACGGCAGCCCAGACCACAACUCGCUGCACCUGCUGAAGUACUACUUCAGCCAGUACCCAGAGGACGCAGACAAGGUUGUCCUUUCCAUCAAGGGCGCGUACGACAUGUCGACGUUCACGCCGACGGGGAGCCCUGAGGCGAUCCGCGCGGCGGUCGACACCGCGCUCAGGGUCCUUGACGGGUGCAAGAAGAUUGACGUGUUCCAGAUGGGCCGAGUGGACCCCAAGGUGCCCAUCGAGGAGAGCGUCGGCACACUGGCCGCGCUGGUGUCGGAGGGCAAGAUUGGGGGCGUCGGGCUGAGCGAGGUCAGCGAGAAGACGAUCCGCCGGGCUGCAAAGAUCACGGAGAUCGCGGCGGUAGAGAUCGAGCUGAGCCUAUUCACAACAGAUCCCCUGACGAACGGCAUCGUAGAUGCAUGUGAGGAGCUCGACAUUCCCAUCGUCGCCUACAGCCCCGUCGGCCGUGGCUUUCUCACAGGGCAGAUCAGCAGGCGGGAGGAUAUGGAUCCGACCGACGCGCGCCUCCGGUUCCCACGGUUUCAGCCUGAUGUGUUCAGUCAGAACCUCAAGCUGGUCGAUGCGGUCAAGCAGAUCGCCGACCGCAAAGGGCUGCCGCUCGCUGCCGUGGCGAUCGCGUGGACGAAAUACCAGGGAAAGAAGAUCCUCCCGCUGCCAGGUGCAAGCAAGGUCGAGCAGGUGGUCCAAAACUGCACAGAUGUGCAGCUGAGCGAGGAGGACCUGGCUGAGAUUCGAAAGAUAUUGGACGCCUUACCGGUUGCUGGGGCUCGGUACGGUGGCGCCCUUGAGGCUCAGCUGAACGGCUAG